CCGGCCCCAGCUCCAGCUCCCGAGCCGAGGAAGGAGGAACCAUCUCUCAAGCACAGGGAACCGGAACCGGAACCCGAACCCGCAAGAGAGAUGAGUGAAGCUGAGAAGGCCAUGGAGGCUGCUCGCCGCAAGAAGAAGGAAGAGGACGAGAAGUGGCUGCGCGAGUACCAGGAGCUGCGCAGGAUCGAGCGUGAGAAAGAGGCCGAGGAACUGCAGAAGCUGAAGGAGAGACAGUCCGCCCGCAGGAUAGAGAGAGAGGAGGAGGAGGUGCGCUACUCCGAGCAGAGGAGAGUUCUGGAGGCGCAGAGGCAGAUUGAGGAGGAAGAGAUCAACAAGAGGAGGGACGAGGAGAAAUCCCGCAGGAAGGCCGAGGCCGAGCGCCGUCGCAUGGAGCUGAUGGGUGUCACCGGCCAGACUGACGUCGCCUCUUCACCCAACUACGUCAUCGAGAAGGGCAGCGGUGUGAGCGCCAAGAAGGUUCUUGGUGGCAAGAAGACCAAGGAACAGGUGGAGGAGGAGAAGAACGCCUACAUGAAGACCAGGGUGCGCCCAUGCAACGUCUCCGGCUGGGAUGCCGCCCGCCUCAAGGAAAAGGCCGCGGAGCUGCACGCUAG